CAGAUAUCAAGUGCCGUUCAGAAUCAGGAUUUCACACUGAUUGAUGAUUAUACCACUGGACUGAAGUGUUUGCUUUAUCUCCAAUCUGUUCAUGAGCUCUCAGACUGGAAUGGGCAAAGUCCUCCUACUCCUAAACAUCAAAAAGGCAAACUUGUUCCUAAAAUCGCUGAACUUGUUGGAAAGGUAUGUUUUCUUCAUGCAAUUUACUUCUGUUUAAAAUUAGUCAUAUAUUUGUGUUUUUAAGGUCGAUAAAUCAUACCAUGUUUUCUUGUUUCUAAAAUAUACAAAUGACUCUCUUUUUUAAUAUCUGGCCCUGCAUAAUAAGGACCUCUUUAAGGCACAGAAUUUUUCUAACCACGGGUGAAUGAUGGUACAUCCUGUUUUUAGACAUAAGAUAAAAGAACCGCACUCAACUGAUCUAGCUAAUCUACAGGUGCUUCCCUCAAAUGAUUUUAACAAAUCAGAACACAACUGGCAGCCUGUCAGGAGGCAAGCAGGGGUCAAUUUAACUCGUUUUAAUUAAUUGUAAUAUUCUAGUGUAACUGUUGUUUUAGGGUCGGAGAGCAAUAGCGACUCUCCUAUAUUAAGCAUGUUAAAGCGCAUUGAAUUGAACCCAGGGCUAAAUUGAACAAAACGUUUUCAAGCGUAGUGUACAAGAGAUUACAGUCAAGCCAGGUCAAGCGUACCCCCAGGAUUCCAUUAAUGAAUUUAUUAUUCGAAAGUUGAAUCCGUCGGUAGUUGUAGAUUUCAGAUUCAUCUCUUGCAUGCGUAAUGAGCCGUGAAUUCACGCGCGGGGCAAUUACGACAUUUCUACCAGCUCAGUUUUCCUGAAUUUGAUGUGAAUGUCUUCUAAGAAAAUUAAUCCAUUCAAAGAUUUUUUUAUCUUACCAGAUACAGAGAAGUUCUCGUAAAAUAUUCACUGCUCAUUAUGUAUGCAGGAAUGCCGAUUUGAAUUUGACACUAGUUACGGGAACGACUAACGGAUUCAUUUUUCAAGUAAUCAAAUGAAUUCAUUAAUAGAAUCUUGGGGGGUACGCUUCACCUGCCUUGACUGGAACGGGAAGGGAGAAUGAUUAUAAAAGUCAAGGAGGCAAUGCCUCUUUUUUGUCCAAACUCCUAACAUUUUGCCUUGUGCGCAUACCUGAACUUACCGAAUACAUGAAUAUACUGAAUAUAUGUGUGUUUUUCUUGCAGUCUCUGCCCAGUUUUGGACCAUACCUUAAGGAACGAGAAAGUAUUGUGGCAAAGCAUAAAGAGAAGAUCGAUUUGCUGAGUGAAAAAUUUGAGCCAGAGAAGGUCAGACCUGCCUAUAAACCAGACAAGGCGGCUCCGCUUAUUAAGGUAAUACAAAGUAAUGUAGGUAUCGUAGCAGACUCACGAGAAAUUAAUGUUGCAAACAAGAACGGAGGGGAGAGUAGGAUGCGCAUGUCCUCCUCUCUCGCGCGUCUUGUAUAACUUGCACCUAACAUUUCUAUGUGCCUGCCACACAGGCUAAAAUAAUCAAGUUACAUCGCUCAUUAAGUGUAUCACCUAGUAAUACCAAAUGGCCUUCUAAGCUUACCUGUCAUGAAGCACAUUAUGAUUUGUAAUGAUAUAAAAGUAUUGUAAAUCUGUGAUUAAAUUUAUGUUUAGAUUCUAAGACGUGUACGACAACGAGUACGAGAUUUUCUCAGCACUAAAUAGCGCUUGCGCGUGAACCAGCAUCAUUUUGGCGGGAAAACAUGGUAGCCGUCGUCAGUCUUCUACGAGUCUUAGCGAGAAUAGGGACCUUACGAAACAACGACGGCGACGGCAACGGGAACGUCAAAAAAGCAAAAAUUUAAUGAGCAAAACAACAACUCUGACGUGCAUCCCACUUUUUUGUACAUUUCCUCGCCGUCUCUGCAUAACUGCAACGUGAAAUGACUAAAUUUUGAGUUGACUUGAGAACGGGAACGGCAAGGCGAUAAAUUUUAUUUUCUCUCUCUAAACUCGGACGCAGUCCUCUCUCUUCGGUUCCAACCUAACUUCCCUCCUUUCAAGUAACUGGGUGACUUGGUAAAAGGGCGAAAAGGUUUUAAAGGACGCGAAGUCUAUUUGGCAGCAACGUUUUCAUUGGCGCCGCCGUUGUUGGUUCGUAAGGUCCCUAAUGUCGAAGUGGCGUAAAUAAGUUAUCAAAUGUUAGAAGUUUUAUCAUUUUGCGAUCGGGGGCCAGAGGGUGUACCCUCCUUCACCAAAGGUAACAGUGCUAAAUUUUCUAAUGAAAAAUGGUAAAAUGAAGCUUUCCGGGGAGUCUAUAUUUUGAGAAUACGCGAAAAAAACUUGAAGUCAAAUCUCGUACUCAUAGUCGUCCUCGAAUCUAAAGCUCUCUAUUCACUUCUUUUAAAUCAUGUUAAUAGGAUGUCAUUGGUGCAGCCCUGAGUCGUAUUGGAACUUAUGGUGACUUGGAUAACAGGCAGCAAGUUGUGGCUUUGAUUGAUGAAGACUUGUGCAUUAACUGCGGCAAGUGCUACAUGACCUGUAAUGACUGUGGUUAUCAAGCCAUUACCUUUGAUGCCAAUACCCACCUGCCUCAUGUGACUGAGGACUGUACUGGAUGUACUUUGUGCUUUUCAGUUUGUCCUGUUAUUGGUUAGUAGUAUGAAAUGCCCAGUGUGAAUCAGUCAGUCAAUCCUCUUAAUGGAUCCUUCCUAUGUUGUGCACUAAAAUCGGUCCCUAUCAUUUUUCAGUAUUUUUUGUUGUCUUUCUAUAAGGUGGACAGUUCUCAAGAGGGAGACUUAGGGUGCUUUUCAUCUAGACAAAUUUAGCUUUGAACGUGAAUGAAGAAUUGUUUUUCUUCCUAUUGGAAACUUCCGGGAGAAAAGGAAAAAAAAUACUAUUCCAUCGACACAUUUCUCGUGUUCUAUGCCAGUUAGAAGCCCACGGCUAUAAAUUGACUCGACAGUUUCGUAAGCAAAAUGGUCUCCAAUGGUAUUGUGUACAAAUGAUCAUUGCAUUCAUUUCUCUUUCUUAUCGGUUGAAUACAACAGAAAAUUUAAUGGAAGUGCAAACUGCUAAUAACCUUCCUUUGGAAUUUGUGUAAUCAUAUUUAAGUUAUCUUAUUAUAUUGAGGUUGCCUGUGCUUUCAUGGCGAUCUUCAGCUGUUGUUAUCCAAUGCUGUGCUUUCUUCUGGGGACCAGACGAUAUAUGUGACAAAAUGGAUGAAAAAUUUCCCAGACAAAUUCCGGCUGAAAUUGCCCGAAUUUUCUUCUAGAUCGAAAGCGCCCUUACUGUCGUGUCAGUCCUAAUCAUUCCUUUGGCAAAUCCGUUUGUAGUCCUAAUGAUAUGAUCAUGGUCGAAAACCCUAUUCAAGCUCUAUUGUUUUGCAAUAUAGGGAUUUAAAAUUACGUUUAUGGCAAGCGGCAAACUCAACUUAGGAAAUGGGUGGAUUUAUAACUGUAGAAGCUAAUUCUUAUGGAUGAAACUAGUCUGAAACUACCCAUUUCCGGGUAGAUAAAGUGAAUAGUGAACAACGUGUACGACAAAACCUGUUCAUGGGGUAGCAGUACAAAUGGAUGUCUUCUGUUUGCCGUAAACGUGAUUCUAAAUCUCCGUUUAGCCUAACUUAGUAGUUAACAGGGAUCAUCGGUAAGUUAUUUGAUUUAGACCACUUAAUCAAACAGUGUGGGAUUAUUAUUAAAGAAAUAAGUAGGAGAUGGAACUCUGCAGUUCGCCCUGUCAUCAAUCUGUCAUCAGCCAGACUAUUCUCAAAACCAUGCUCGAGACAAACUGAGGAGAGCUUAUGGUGGUUAAUAAAGUUCUGAGGCAGUGAAAUCCAGGGUGCCCGGCAUACGCAUUUUCUGCGAAAACUUGAAGACUUCCAUGUUACCCAAGGGCAAAAAAUGAGAACAUCAAGCCCUGUUAGAGUACAGCACUGAGUACUUCGACUUUGAGUUUCUUCACCUUUUAUUUGCUGGUGGGGAGCAAUGGUGUUACAUUGGUGAGAGCGCUUUCCUCCUACCAAUUUGGUCUGGGUUCAUAUCCCGGCGUCGAUGCCUUGUGUGGCUGGGUUGAAUUUAUUAAUGGUUCUCUCCCCCGCGUCGAGAGGUUUUUCUUCUUAGGAUUUCCCCUCUCCUCAACUGACACCAAUUUUUUAUUCCAAUUCAACCAGGAAUGGUAGAGAAAGAACCUUUCCGUGAAUGUGAAUGUGCUAUUGCGUAAUCGUUUUUUAGUUAUUUUUUUUUGUUGCCUUGUAGAUUGUAUCAAGAUGGUACCAAGGGAGGGACCAUACAAGCCCAGCCGUGGGGUCCCGCUUGCUGUCAAAGCUGAGGCGUAA